AUGAUUGUUGGAUCUACUGCGAAACAAGUUGUUGUUCAAGCAAAGGCAAGCAAAGUCGGAGCUGCAGUGAAACGGAAGGUAAACGCUGCUGUGUAUGGAUGUGGCCUUUCUGCCUCGGGAGCACUGGCUAUACCCCGUCUUGUUGUGAAUGAUAAGAUUGUUACUGCAAAAGAAGCACAUAAACCACUGCGUAUUAGCCAUUUCAAUGUGAAAGGAAUAAGACAUGUAGCAGCUGGCUUUGGAUUCUCUUUGUUCGCCUCGAAGGACAGACUCUAUGAAUCAUCCCGAUUUAGAUUUCAAAUCACUAGUCAUAUUCAAAUGGAGGGCAAAAAGGGACAAGAGUACUACAUCAGCGCAAAACGGAUUCAGCUCCCUGUUCCAACUAGCGUACUUUCAAUUUCUUCUGGACGUGCACAUUCCUUGGUAGCUACCACAUCUGGAGUAUACGCUUUUGGAGAUAAUGCUCAUGGACAGUGUGGUCAAGAUCCAAAGCAUCGACGCGAAGUUCACGGGGUGAAGGACUUACCGCUUCCAAAAGUAGAAAUACCUAGUGAUUCUCCUGUUGCCGCUGUGCAUUGUGCACUGGACAGUUCAUUCAUUUUGACGGAGAAAGGUGAAGUAUUUGCGUUUGGUUUGAAUGAGGAUGGGCAAUGUGCGAAUGGAGAAUAUGGGAUCCAAUGGAAACCUUGUAAGGUAUUAGGUGACGCAGCGGAUGAGCGGAUUAUAGCAAUCUCAGGCAGCUCGGACACCCUAUUAGCUUUAUCGGAGAAAGGUGAACUUUUCAUCUGGGGACAGUGCGAAUAUGGGCAGGCUGGAGUGGGAAAUGAUAAGAUUCAGUUGAAUAUCUCCCGAUUUGUCCCAUUUUCAUCUGGUAAGAUAGUGUCAGCUGGUUCUACAGCAAGUUCAUGCAUCAUCAAUACCGAUAAAGGAGAAGUUUAUGCUUGGGGAGUUGGAUUGCUUGGUUUCGGGCCUGCUACUCAGAAGCUAGAUCGACCAACUUUGAUGGACCAACCCCUUUUUGAGAAUCAAAAGGUUGUCAAAGUCUACGCGGGGAAUACUUCACUUGCAGCAGUCAACUCCUCUGGACGGUUGUUUACGUGGGGACAAAAUAGAUAUGGACUACUGGGAUUAGAGCAUGGGAAAGAUCAGUACUUCCCAUAUCAAGUUUUCUUCCCCUACGAUGUCAAACACGUCUCCCUUGGACCCGAUCACUCUUUGUUUCUACUUAAGUGAAUGAAUAAUAAUUUGAACAAAGGCAGAUUACGAUUUUCAUCUAGUCUUGCAUUCGAAUCUCAUUUUAAUUCUGGUAAUUUGUUAGAAGAGCAUCGUUGUGCCUAUCAGGUGCUUUAAUUCAUGUUUGUAAGAUUUAUGGCUUUGUUAA